AUAAAGCAAAAUCAGUAUUGUCAAAAUCGAAUAGGUCUCAUAUUAAAUAUAUCAAAAUUGCGUAUUUCGACGAUUUUGGAACCCCAUUUCCCAAAAUUAUUGUAAAAUAUAUUUUAUCAGAAACUUAUUUAUCGAAAAGUCGGUAGUGACAGUUAAGCUUAGAAAGUACACACCAUGAAUAAUCGGAAAUUGCAAAAAGUUUUUAAAUAGUUCUUAUACAAAUUGUUCAAUCCUUUGGCAAAAUAUUGUAAAGUCCGAAAGUAGCUGAGAAAAAAAUGUAUUUAAAAUUUUAAGAUAAUAGAAAUUAGGCAACCAUGCUCCAUUAACUUGUAUAUGACUGUUGUCGACAUCGAUAAAAACCACCCCAAACCAUUUCCUUCGAAUCUGGUUAAGCUGGGACUGCGAAAUUUUAAUAUAAUGAUAAGUAAACUAGUUUUAAAAUAAUUAAGAUAGUGAUUCUAAAAAUCCUCCCAAUCUCAAAAGGUUUAAGUGAGGAUCGCUUUCUAACAGGCCAUGAUAGACCCAAGUUCUAGUGAAGAAGAAGGAGACGAAGAAACCGUUGUUAACUUACCUAAUAAAGGCCGUAUUGGAACUGCACAUAAAACAGUCACACCAGCUGGCGGGGCUUCAGCAUCGGGCCAAUCGGCCAUAGCUACAAAUUCUGGACCAAAUAAUGUCCAAAAUGGUGAAUUUCAAGCGAGUCAAAGACCAGCAGCCUUUGUGGCUGGCAAUACUCGAUUUGACAGCACAAACGGAGGUGGCGGAGCUGGAGGAGUAGGGGCAGUUCUAUCUAAAAAUGAUCAACCCCAACAUGGCAUAGAUGGGGGUAGCCUUGAGGUACCCAACAAUGGAAUUCCAAGUGGCAUUUCGCAAGAGACUCUCAAUCAAAGUGUUGGUGGAUCAUCGCGCGCAAAUUCUCUGCCACGCCCACUUUCGCCAUCGCCAUCAAUUGCCAGCGAUAAACAUGACUGUGGCGAACUACAUGAAAAACACGAGCGCGAAGAAGAGGAACGGAAGCGACGUAUUCAAUUGUAUGUGUUUAUAUCCAGAUGCAUAUCAUACCCGUUUAAUGCUAAACAACCCACGGAUAUGACGAAAAGACAACCGAAAAUAACAAAGCAGCAACUAGAGAUAAUCACACAACGAUUUCAAGCGUUUCUAAAGGGCGAAACACAGAUAAUGGCUGAUGAAGCUUUUCAAAAUGCUGUGCAAAGCUAUCACGAUGUAUUUCUAAAAUCGGAACGGGUUUUGAAAAUGGUUCAGUCCGGAGCAUGCUCGCAACAUGACUUCCGAGAAGUUUUUCGUAAUAAUAUUGAAAAACGUGUCAGAUCCCUACCAGAGAUUGAUGGAUUGAGUAAGGAGACGGUGUUGACUUCUUGGAUGGCAAAGUUCGACAUUAUUCUUAAGGGCAGUGGAGAAGAGGAUACUAAACGUCCUUCGCGCAUGCAACAAUCAUUGAAUAGUGAACUGAUUCUAUCUAAAGAACAACUCUAUGAUAUGUUUCAACAGAUUUUAUCUGUGAAAAAAUUCGAGCAUCAAAUUCUUUUUAACGCCUUAAUGCUCGAUUCUGCUGAUGAGCAGGCUGCAGCCAUUCGUCGAGAAUUGGAUGGACGCAUGCAGCGUGUUGGAGAAAUGGAAAAGAAUCGAAAGCUGAUGCCAAAGUUUGUGCUUAAAGAAAUGGAGUCUUUAUACAUUGAGGAAUUGAAAUCAUCUAUUAAUCUACUGAUGGCUAAUCUGGAAUCUCUUCCCGUAUCAAAAGGAAAUAUGGACAGUAAAUAUGGGUUACAGAAAUUGAAACGUUAUAACCAUAGCACACCAUCAUUUUUAAAAAUGAUUUUGCGCUCUCAUGGAUCCCUGUCCAAGCUAGAAGGUGAUUCGGAAGAUGGUACUACACAGCUGACCAAAUUAGAUGUUGUACUUACAUUUCAAUUGGAAGUAAUUGUAAUGGAAGUAAAAGGCCUCAAGUCGUUAGCUCCUAAUAGGAUUGUUUACUGUACAAUGGAAGUUGAAAAUGGGGAAAAAUUGCAAACUGAUCAAGCCGAGGCAUCGAAACCAAUGUGGGAUACUCAGGGCGAUUUUACUACAACUCAUCCGUUGCCUGUCGUUAAAGUGAAGCUCUAUACAGAAAAUCCUGGAAUGCUCGCACUGGAGGAUAAAGAGUUGGGAAAAGUCACCAUAAAGCCUACACCUCUUUCUUCCAAAUCUCCUGAAUGGCAUCGCAUGAUCGUACCCAAAAAUUUACCCGACCAGGAUGUACGGAUCAAGAUAGCAUGCAGGCUCGACAAACCGUUGAAUAUGAAGCAUUGUGGACAUCUGUUUGCAAUUGGAAAAUCAGUAUGGAAAAAAUGGAAACGACGGUAUUUUGUGUUAGUUCAAGUAUCUCAAUACACAUUUGCAAUGUGUAGCUAUAAGGAGAAGAAAUCGGAGCCGUCCGAGAUGAUGCAGCUUGAUGGAUAUACAGUUGAUUAUAUUGAAGCUGCCAGUGCCAAUCUUAUGUUCGGAAUCGAUUUAAACGGUGGCAGAUUUUUCUUUAAUGCGGUUCGCGAAGGCGACAGCAUAGCUUUUGCAUGUGACGAUGAAAACGAAUGCAGUCUCUGGGUUAUGGCUAUGUAUAGAGCAACUGGUCAGUCUCAUAAGCCUACGCCACCAAUAACUCAGGACAAAAAUUCGGCCAUGUCUAAAAUUCAAGGAGAUGCGGAUAAAGCACGAAAGCAUGGCAUGGAGGAUUAUAUAAGUGCGGAUCCAUGCACAUUUGAUCAUGCAAGCCUAUUUAAGACAUUACAAAAUCUAACACUUGAGUACCGAUUGAAUGAUCCAUAUGCCUCUUUGGGGUGGUUUAGUCCAGGGCAAGUCUUUGUUUUGGACGAGUACUGCGCGCGAUAUGGUGUGCGUGGAUGCUAUCGACAUUUGUGUUAUCUUUCCGAUCUUUUGGAUCGUGCUGAAAAACAGCAUAUGAUUGAUCCCACAUUGAUCCAUUAUUCGUUUGCAUUCUGCGCAAGUCAUGUUCACGGCAAUAGACCGGAUGGAGUGGGUAGUAUAACUCAUGAGGAAAAGGAGAAGUUUUCGGAAAUUAAAGAACGUUUGCGUCAGCUACUUGAGUAUCAAAUAACCAAUUUUAGAUAUUGUUUUCCAUUCGGUCGGCCCGAAGGGGCUUUGAAAGCAACACUAUCCCUACUCGAAAGGGUUCUAAUGAAAGAUAUCGUUACCCCAGUACCACCGGAAGAAGUGCGACAAAUGAUAAAAAAAAGCUUAGAGACUGCUGCGCUUGUAAACUACACAAGGCUAUCAGCAGAAGCUAAAAUCGAAGAGGACUUACGUGGUGAACUGAUUGUACCACCACCCAAAAAACUCGAGGAUUUAAUACAUUUGGCUGAGCUUUGUGUUGAUCUACUGCAGCAAAAUGAGGAACACUAUGGCGAACUGCGCAAACAAGACAACAAAAAGGAUAAAAUUAAGACAAUAAAGGAAGGCAGCGGAGAUGGGACUGGACUGCCCAGUGAUGGUCGAUUUGAUGGUGGUUCCACUGUCGCCGGGGCUUCGUCUAGUCUGGGUAACACUAGCAUGGAUCAAGGCACUUUGGAUGUUACUACAGCUGCCACUAACACUGACGGAGCGCCCCCAUUUCGUUACUGUAUGCCCACACAUGCGGUAUACACAUCGCCAGUACCAACGGCGUUUGCUUGGUUCAGCGAUCUACUGGUUGAGCAUGCGGAAAUAUUCUGGUCUCUAUUUGCAGUUGACAUGGAUCGAGUUUUGUCCGAGCAGGCACCAGAUACAUGGGACUCGUUUCCAUUGUUUCAAAUACUUAAUGAUUAUUUAAGAUCUGAUGAUAACUUACGAAACGGAAGAUUCCAUCAGCACUUGCGUGACACAUUUGCCCCAUUGGUGGUGAGAUACGUGGAUCUAAUGGAAUCCUCGAUAGCUCAAUCCAUACACAAAGGCUUUGAAAAAGAACGUUGGGAGACCAAAGGGAUUAACGCCGCCUUGAAUCCAGCUGCAUUAAACAAUGCCGCCCAGGCUUUAAACACGGCAGCUCUUAAUCCGGCGGCCCUGCUGAGCGGCAAGAAAGAUCAAGUCAAUUUUUAUGUGCCGAAGCUACCGAAACGCACAGCUGCUGCUGCUGCUGGUGCUGCAGCGGGUUGCGUUGACGAAAUGAGAAAUGGUUGUGCAACAUCGGAAGACUUAUUCUGGAAAUUGGAUGCAUUGCAAUCGUUUAUUAGAGAUCUGCAUUGGCCAGAUGCAGAGUUUCGACAGCAUUUGGAGCAGCGAUUAAAGAUGAUGGCCGUUGAUAUGAUCGAACAGUGUAUACAGCGAACGGAUACGUCAUUUCAGUCAUGGUUAAAGAAAAAUGUUGCCUUCAUAUCGACCGAUUAUAUAAUACCAACAGAGAUGUGCGCUAUGGUAAAUGUGAUAUUAGAUGCUAAAAAUCAAAGCUUUAAAUUAACUACCAUUGAUGGUAUUGAUCUGUACAAAUUCCAUGCAAGAAUCGAUGAUCAAAUCGACAAAGCGAAUGUAGCCAUGACACAAGGUUUGAGUGGAAAACUUAUGUCAGUGCUAGAGUCGACUUUGUCGAAGCUAGGGCGUUACGAUGAGGGCAGUCUCAUCGGAUCAAUCCUUAGCUUUACCAAUGUCUCGAGCUCUGGCAAGGAUCUGGGACAAGGAUAUGUGAAUUUCUUUCGCAAUAAUAUGGAUCAAAUACGCGGUAAAAUCGGCGAUGAUCUAUGGACAUUAAACUUCUUUGACCAGUGGUACUCUCAGCAAAUAAAUAUGCUCUCCACUUGGCUAUCAGAACGUUUGGAUCACUCCCUACACUAUGCUCAGGUCACGUCCAUCUCUCACAUUAUUAAGAAAAUUUAUUCGGACUUUGAGUUGCAAGGCGUGCUUGAGGACAAGUUAAAUUCAAAAGCAUAUCAGACAGUUAUACAACGAAUGACUGCUGAAGAGGCCACCUGUGCGCUGACUAUGCCGGAUGUAGCCGACGGAGAUCUCAAUUGUGACGAUAUGCGCAAUGGUGACGAAGAGGAUGGAGGAGAGGGUGGAGAAUCUGGUGCCCAUGCGUCACGCAGCAUGCCGAAGCCAAAGAUUGGGGCCGCUCAAGCAGCGGCUGUUACCAAUGUGGUAGCUGGUCGUGUUGGCAAUCUGCUCGGCAAAGGCAUUGGUGGACUUAGCUCAAAGCUAGGAAGUGGCGGCUGGUUUUGAAGCGACGACAGAAUCCAAAACCGAAUGUCAAUCCAUCAACAACGGCUUUGCAAAUUAUAUAUAUUUAUAUAUUUCGAAAUAGAUACAGUGUAGCUUCUGCAUAUAUAACUACAUAUAUAUAUUUUUACGUCCAGCUUCUGAUGGCAACUUCGUAGCUUUGCUGAGAACCAAGUCCACAGUUGCAUGAUUCAAUUUACAUUCUUUGAAACCAGAAAAUAAUGGAUACAAUAAAUAUAGCUCCGUUUAUGUAUAUAAUUCCACAAUAACAAAGGAUAUAUAAUAA